AUGGACAUUGUCAUUUGCGAUGACGAGGAACAUUCAGAGAAUCCGCCAACGAUUGAGAGUCCGACCGCGACCUCUCAGAAUUCGGAGAAAGAUGCGAAGAAGGAUGCAACUGGGCCCAUGAGAGUCCUUGUUCAGACCAGGACCCAUCUCGUUCCUGGAGACGGCCAUGGUAAAAAGGUUUUGUCGAUGCUUCACCGGAUCUGUCUCCACCAGUGGGGUCGCAAUUUCAACCCCUACGAAGACCGUUCAAACACUUACGGAGACGAGUUUGGCUACAAUGAUCGCCUCUGUUUUUUUCUUGUCGACCAUGGCGAAUCGCCAACGGGGAGCGAUGACCCCACUGAGGUCCCAAUGACUGUGUACGAGUGGGAUGGAGAGUCACUUCAGCCCUUUCCAGGUCCGCUACCGAAUGAAGUACAGGAACGACUCAAGAAGUAUCGUUUCAAACCAAAGGUGACCAAGGAAAACAUGUUACCGCGCCACGAAGAUCUGCCGCCCGAAGAGAGACGGCGAAGCAUAAAAAGAAUGAUGCGCCGCGAAACCCACCCCCCAGAAAGUGAUCUUCAGUUCCUCAGAGAUCACCCCCAGCAUGCUGAAUGGCUGAAAGCUAAUCUUCGACCCCGAUUCUGGGACAAGCUCCAGAACAUGAUCAAGGAAAGAGACCACAGGGAUGUGCUCCAUGACCAAAGCUCGCGAGAUCUUGACACCCAGAACGCCGAUGGAAAUGAUAGAAAUAUUUCAAACGAUUGA